UAUAUACAAAAUAUAUUUCAUACAAUUUUAGCUAAAUGUUUAAGACGACAGCCUUUGAAGUUUGGCGCCAUGAACAGGAAUUACCCAAGUUAAUUACAUUGAUCAAGGAAUUGGAUGACAAUUUGGCUGGCGGUUUACCUUUGGGUAUUGUCACAGAAUUGUGCGGAGCUCCUGGAACUGGUAAAACACAAUUCUGUUUGCAGCUGUGUUUAAAUGUUCAAUUUCCGGAACAAAUGGGUGGUUUGGGUGGCAAAGCUUUUUACAUAGACACCAAUCAGGAUUUUUCACCAUAUCGUUUGAAAGAAUUAGCUGAAGACAUGGAACAACGUUUUCAACACACUUUUAAGAAGCUAUACUCCAAUAUAGCAUCACCCUCAGCAUCCUCCCAAAUUCACAAUUUUCAAGCCGGCAAUUUAUUAAAGAAUGUUUCGUAUGUCUACUGCACCAACUACACAGAUUUAAUGGCCAUCAUACACAAUUUUCGUAAUAUUUUCAAAGAAGAUCUUAGAUUUAAACUCAUCAUUAUUGAUUCGUUUUCAUUUUGCAUACGUCAGUUGGAUGAUGUUAAACUGCGCACGCGUAUAAUUUAUGAAAUUUUAAAUGAUUUACAGAUUCUGGCUGUGGAAUACAAUGUGGCGGUCAUAAUCACCAAUGAAUUAACCACCCGCCACAUAGACAACAACUGGAUUGUGGCACCUGCCCUGGGAGACUCUCAUACCCAUAAAAUUAAUCAAAGAUUGAUAUUAUCUCAGGAAGCUGAUAAAGAGCAUCGUGUGGUGUUGAUUGAUAAAUCGGUUUUAUGUGAUAAAAUCGCUGUACGUUUUAAGAUAACAUCAAAUGGCAUACGCAGUAUAUAACAUCUUGAAAUAAUUGUUAAAUUUGUAAGGCAUUGCAAACAAGUUAUAAGAUGGAGGGAGG